GUGGGCGACACGCAUGGGCGACAUGGUAGUUUCGACUGAGCCCGCAGCGGGCAGUUCUUCAAGCACUCUGUACCAAUGCCAAUAUUGCCCAAAGACUUGCUUGAAUAGGGGAGGGCUAUUUGUCCAUGAGCGCUGGUGCAAGCAGAACCCGGAGCACAUAGGACAGAAGCGCUGCAAGACAGAGGAGGUGGAGGAGACGCAGGGGCCAGCAGCCUCAGAAACAUGGUCACUCGGAGGGAGAGUCAGCGGCUCAAGAGAGUCGGCCCUUCCUGGACGAAAGGAGUCGCCGAAAACACAAGGCCGAGCAAGCACAGCUGCUGAGGUGCGCAGCGACUACCUUCUCAAGUUGUUGAUGGAGGAUGCCUUGCGGAUACCAGUAUACAACUGCCUCGAAGAUGCACAGGUGAAGGAAAAGACACCCGCCCAGGGUGGAAAGAAGCGAGGCCGCCCAAAGAGCAAGGCAGUCUCGCCAGACGAGAAGAAGAUCCUAGGCCGCCCAAAGGCGAAGGGGAGGAAGCCGGGGAGGCCACGCAAGGACCAGGCGAUUUCCGACAAGGCUGACGAAUUGGAAAUUGGAGAAGAGCAGGAUCAGUCGCAAGUUUGCAAAAACAUCGAGGGUGCUGCGCCCACCAUCUUCUUCGCCAGAGGCCAAGUGCGGCCACCCAAGAUGCUGCUGCCGUCAGAUGCAAUAGUGCGCACUUUGCCCUGCCCAAAGCGGCCUGAGAGCUCGGCGGAGCUCUUUCAGAAUACUCUGCAGCGUGCACAAGAAGAAGGUUUACAUGCACCAGAUGCUUGGCAGGGCCUGGGGCAAUUGCCAGCCGACCUGCCAGAGGAUUUCAGGAGCCUUCUGAUCCUCGGGCCAUCCGGCAGCGGCAAGUCAACUUUGCUUCGGCAGCUCCUGAAAGAGCGCUUUCCAGAGUACCAGGGACCGUUGUACCCAUGCGGCGAAUGGCCGAAGCAGCGGGCGCUCAUUGAAGCCUUUGCGGACCCCAUGGAAGGCCGUGGCUUCCUCACUUCAGUGGGCCUCAGCAGCGUGCCUUCCUGGUGCAAGCCUUUCGAGGUCCUCAGCACUGGGGAAAGGUACCGCGCUAAUCUUGCACUUGCGCUGCAACGACGAGCAAGCUGUACCACGCCUUGUGAGCCAAUGGUCUUUGACGAGUGGACCAGCGAGCUUGACCGGGACCUUGCCCGGGUGGUUUCGACAGCCUUUGGCAAGCGCAUGCGCCGGGAGUGGGCGGUCCAGGCAAAAGUGGCAGCACCUGCGGCAAAUCCGGCGAUGAAGCCUGAUGAGGCUCAGCCUGAUGAGGCUCAGCCUCCUGAGGCUGAGAUGGCUGAGGUGAAGGUGGCAGAGGUGGCAGAGGAGACAAAGGAGACAAAGGAGGCAGAGGUGGAGGAAGCUGAGAUGGCUCAGGAGCCUCAGGAGCCUCAGGAGCCUCAGGAGCCUCAGGAGCCUGAGGAGCCUGAGGAGCCUGAGGAGCCUGAGGAGCCUGAGGAGCCUGAGGAGCCUGAGGAGCCUGACGUUGAAGCUCAGAAGCAAAGGCGGUGGAGGGGGAUAUUCAAAAGGCUGCGGUGGUUGAGGCUGAAGGGUCCAAAGAGGAUGGGCGCGAAGAGGAAGGAGAAGCUGGCAGGACAGAGGAAAUCCAAAGGGCGAAGGUUGCCGAAAGAGGCAGAGGCAGCGCAGGCCAAAGAAGGCACGCAGGUUGCGGAAGCAAAGACUGCAGAAGAAACCAAUGCCGCGGAAGCCGAGCAUGCGGGCGCUGCAGAAGUUCAAGAGAGACAGCAGCCAGUGCCUAGAGGCCCCUACGUCUUCGCUUCUUGCCACGAGGAUGUGUUGCAGUACCUGCAGCCACAGUUCGUUUGCUACUGCGAGACGGGCAAGGCCCCUUUGCUGCUUCAAAACCCCAAGGAGGGCUGCUUGCCGCAGCUCACUGCGCGCCUUUCAGGCAACUUGCAGCCCAUCAGGCACAGCCUGCUCGGGCACUGGCAGCCGACAAGCAAGAAGCUGCAGGCAUUCCACAUCAUGUACAAGGGCUGCAAGGAGCAGAGAGUUCUGAAACUGCACAUUCAAGGUGGCGAUCACAUUGAUUGGCUUCGCCCAGCGCAGGACAACUUCUAUGUCGGAAAAAUCACAUCCUGCGAGCAGUGGCUGCGUGUGCGCUCCCUGGGGCCUCGCGAAAUGGAGAUCCAGUUCAAGAAGCGGGAAGCCUGGCAGCCCGCCAUCAAGGCUAAGCGCCGCCAGAUUCCAGCGCCGCACCAAGCACUGGAACUGGCCAAGGAGCCAGAGGCACAAGCUUCACAAGCACGUGCCGAAUUGCCAGCAGUGCUGGACUAUGAUGGCUGCCGCAGGGACCUGCUGGAAGCAAGUGGGUGGCAUUUGCCACCCGACUGGGCGAAGGAUGGCCUCUACAAAGGACUGGCCAGAAAGGGCGAUCCGAUUACCGUGCGAUCGGUGGAGUUCCGCUUUAACGCCAAGUUUGAGCAGGUUGAUGACAACCAGUGCUACCUAGCCACCUAUGUUGGUCAACCCGACGGCAGCUUGGGACCCAGCCUGGAAAAUGUGUCCAACCUGUUGGACUGUCCCUUCAGCGGGCUGUGUGUCCACCGCGUGGAUAAACUCGCGUUGGGCAACUUCCGCCUGGGCGUCAUCACAGGACCCUCAGGCAGCGGCAAAAGCACACUUGCGCGGGACAUGUUUGGACCUAGCCCCAAGGUGUCAUGGUUGGAGAAGCAACCAGUGCUGGCACAUUUCUCUUCUCCGGAGAGAGCAGCAGAUGUUCUCGCCGCCGCGUCCCUGGAUCGGCGCACAGCCAUGCGGCCUUAUGAUGCACUGAGCGGCGGAGAGCAGGCUCGCGCGCACUUGGCCCGCAUCCUGGAUCUUGUGGACACGUGGAAGAAGACCCUGGUGAUUGAAGAGUUCACAAGCCUUGUGGAUCGCGCCACUGCGAAGAAGAUGGCGAGGGGGCUCCAGAAGUUUGUCAGAAAGAGGAUGCAUUCAAAGAUUGUGGUUGUGUCGUGCCACUCCGACUUUGUGGAAAAGUCAUUUCUGGAGCCAGAUUGGCUCUUUGAGACGCACACUCACCGCCUCCUAUCAUUCGAAACUACCAGGAGCAAGGCUCAGUCAGCACACCUGGACCCAAUCCUCCAAAGUUUGCAGGAAGCAAGGAAUAUGGAGCAGCAGACGAAGCAAGAGAUGGAGAGCUGGCACAAGCAGAUGUUUGAGCAUGCAGGCAAAAGUUUUCUCACCGCCAUCUACCGGAAUGAAGCCGCGGCGAUCGGGGGUGCGCUGAAGGUGCUUGGCGACCAAGAGCUUCGGGCAAGGCAGCAGCAAGUGGCAAAGCUUGAGAAGGACUUGGCAGACGCCAAGUUGGCUGCGCCUGAAGCGCCGGAACCCGAGUCCGACCCAGAGGUGAAUGAAGAUAUGCCCUGCUUCAGCGUAGGUCCGCCACAGUUUGCUGUUCCAGAACUGAAGCUGGAAAUCCGUCGCGCGCUCCCGCGGGAAUGGGCACACUUCCGGGAACAUCACUACAAGGACCAUUCGCUACAUACCUGCUGCGUUGCCUUCGUGGCGCUCCUGGACGGCAGGGCAUGCUGCUUCUGCUCGGUAUUCGCGGAGUCCUUCAACUGGGUGCAGCGCGCCGUAUUCUCAUGCAACGCGACCACCCGGGAGGAGUGGCACCAGGUGGGCUACCCGUGCACCUGGCACGGAAAAAACCGGAAGCUGUUCCGAGAGAACCGGACGGUGGUACUGCCAGACUUCCAGGGGAUGGGCCUCGCAUCGCUGACCUGCGACACCGUUGGCGCCUACCUGCUGAACUGUGAAUGCGAUUUCACGUCACAAACCGUGCAUCCCUACUACGGAAGCUAUAGGGAUCGAAGUCCUUUCUGGCGUGCCCUGCCGUCAAACAGAAAUGGCAAAUAUGUUAAGAACGGGAACCUCAAGUACUCGCAUGUGUUUCUUGGCGCGUACACCCCCGACGGCAAGCAAGAUUCAACGCGGUUGCGCGAGUUGAGGCGUCGUGCCCAACUGUGCCAAGAUCAACCCUCUGUGCUUGUGGGUAACAUUCCCGAGUUGAACUAGCUCUUUCGAAUGCCUGCAGGAUGACCUGCGGGUGCACCAGGUCAACUUGGCUAUACCUUUGAAGCGCGGCUUCGAUGGGGCCUGUUUUGAAUCGAGCUGACUGCGGUCAGGACAAUUUUUUGAAAAAUGCUCGGCGGCAUGGCAGAAAGUCAUGCUGGCACUGCGGGCAUUGAGUUCCGCUGCACUGGGCUUCCUGCCACGUUCCCA